AUGCAACUGUUCAAGUGUUUAUUGGUGAUCGGGUGCUUAGCGACAGUGUCCUUUGCCCACAGUGCUUCCGCCACGCUGCCGAUCAGCUCGAACUCGAUCGAUGACAGCAACGGACCGCAGCAGCAGACGCCCCGCGCCGGCUCGUACCUUGGCGAGAUCAAGUACCUGUACAAGACGUACCAGGACUGUGCCAGCGGCGAUGUCUCCACCUGCCUGAAGAUGAAGCUGUUCACCAUCCUGGACCGUGUGUCGCGCUCGACCAAGGACUUCAAGUUGAGCGAGGGCGUGCGAUUCGUGCGCGAUCAGGAAUCGGCCGCUGACGCUGCCCCGCUGAAGACGGAGGCCCAGCUGGAGGCUGAGCUGCCCCGUUCGCUCGACGAGAAGGAACGCUCGCUCAACUCGAUGCUCUUCGACAAGGUUCUGUCCUUCUUCCAGUCCCACACCCUGCAAGUCAAGUUCCCGUCCAGCGAGGAAAUCAAGCGCUCCAUGGAUGAGGUCCGCGGAGGCGGCGGUGGCUUCGGAGGUGCCGGAGGCGGUGGCUUCGGAGGUGGCAAGGACAAGGACAAGAAGAACGGCCACUGGAUCAUGAUCCCGCUGUUGCUCGGCAGCACGCUCGUCCCGCUCGCCUUCGGUGCCCUCGCCCUGCUCGCGGGUAAGGCUCUGAUCGUUUCCAAGCUGGCUCUUGCCCUGGCCUCCAUCAUCGGCAUCAAGAAGCUGAUCUCCAGCGGUAGCGGCCAUCACGAGUCGGCCCAUGAGGUGGUCGUAUCCGGCGGACACGGCGGCGGUUGGGGACGUAUCGGAUCCGGCCAGGGUCUUGCCUACAACGGCUACGGACACUACGCUCAGUAA